GUUACGAAAGUAUCGCACCAGCUCUCAACAAUCUCCCACUUUUUCAAAACAACUUGUUUAUUUUUAUCACCAAUUCCUGGUUUCACCCCCCAACCAGUAUUUUUCUACAAAACACCUACGCGACUAAACCAAAUCGAUUAAAUCUCGAAAAAUUGAACCCUGAGUUUCGAAAUAUCAGGGGAAUAAUUAAAAUUUUAUUUUCAUUCCCUCGGACACGUGAUAAAUUAUUUUUGUCCUCUUCAUGUAAAAAAAAAAUGGACUAGUGCAGAAGACACGCGUUGACGUCGAAACAUUCAGCGAGAACGUAAGGAAUAAGAGAUUUUUUUUCUUCUUUGGGAUUAUCUGGAAAUGAUAAGAGGCAUCUGCAAUUUUUAUUUUAAUUCAGAGUUGUGAAAUGUGAAUGGAAAAAUUGAAAGGUGUUUUGCGGAAUGAGUGUUAUGUAUAAUGAGUAGUAAAUUUCGGCUUUCACCGUUGUCAUCAUCCUCGUGCUCUUCGUCAUCGUCAUUGUCUUCGAAACGUGAAAUUACCGUCAGGAGGAAGUCGAGUCGUCUGAAUUCCUUAUCAUCGAGUCAGAACAGCUGUGGGGAUCAGGACUCUGUCAGUGUUAAAGUCAAGAAAGAACAACCGGAGGAUGAGAUAAAAGAGUAUGCAGCGAACGCAAUGAGUGAACUUCUGGGUUGGUAUGGCUAUGAAAAAGUUGACAGUGGCUGCACCCGGGGCCUGAACCUGGACCACUUCGCCUCGAGUAGUCCCAAGUACCACCUCAAUGCCCCAACCCGAUUAGUCCCCGCCAAGGUCACAUCACCCGGUAUACCCCGGAAAAGUCUUUCAAGGUCACCCCCAUCGAGGACCUCAAGGUCAUCGCCGAGUAUUUCCGUGGUGUCCUACAAGGAGAAUGUCCUGUCCCAGGCAUCUCCACCCUCAUCCCUCAGGACAGCACCAGCCAGUCCGAGAAUCAUCGAGAACAGCGACUCGGCAUCUGACACACCUGAUAGUUCGACGUGUUCGUGGUGUGGACGUGCUGGUGGUGCCUGGGAACCGGGUUCAGCUGGUUCAAUGUCAUUUGGUGUUAUAAACAAUUCAGGUCGUUUCUGCAGUGAAGCGUGCUUCGCAGCAGGCAGACGUGCUGCAUUCAAAAGAGCCAGAACUUGCGACUGGUGCAGGCACGUCAGACAUUCCGUCAGUUACGUUGACUUUCAGGACGGAGAGAGUCAGCUUCAGUUCUGCAGCGACAAAUGCCUAAAUCAGUACAAAAUGAAUAUUUUCUGUCACGAAACGCAGACACAUUUAGCGCUGCAUGGGAUAAGCACAUCAUCGCCAUCGGCUUCAUCGACGAAUCCAUCGAACUUGGGUGGUUUGAUAACGCCAGAGCUGUGGCUCCGAGACUGUCGAUCUCCACCACCGACCCCAGAGGAUCCCGACGAAGAUCCAUUAAUAGUCGACGACGAGCCUCACGAUCCCGAGGAGGCAGCCCUGACAGUGACAGGACUGGUAGAUCAGGAGAUGUCAUCACCGACGAUCGACGUGGAAGAAGCGACAGUUGAGGAAGCGAUAAAGGAAUCCCUGAAGGAGGAAGAGGACAGGAGAUUACAAUGUCGAAAGAACGAGUGCUCAUCGAAGCCCAAAGAUCCGGAGGACAGCGAUGAACAAUUGGAGCCAAAACCCAGCAGUCCGAAGGACUCGAGAAAGCCAAAGCCCCAGGAGAACUGUAUUCACCUGAAGGACAUGAGAAAAUUGCUGUCGAAAGGGAGGCAGAUGACCCCAAAGCCCAGGAAGUGGCUGGGUGAUUCCAUUCAACUGGAGUCUCACAUCCCCAGGUCCACCCCUGACCUCCAGAAUCAUCAAAACACAAGAAAUUAUACUCCCCAUCCUCAGAAUUACCGUCAGCAGAUAAUGGGGAUGAUGGGGCCACCCCUCCACUCGUAUCACCCUGGGUUACCGCAGAUUAAUGCACCGCAGACAGGACUUCUGCCUCCUGUCACCGUUCUAGUCCCCUAUCCCAUACCUAUACCCAUUCCCAUACCCAUACCCAUACCAAUUCCACUGUUUGGCAAGUAUUUUCAGCCUCAGAAUGAUAAGGAUGAUACGAGAUGUGAGGGCAAUGAGGCAUCCGCGGAGAGCCCUCAGGAUCUAUCGAAGCAUCGGAAGUUCGAGGACUGCAAGAAUUCGGAAGAAAAUUUGAGGACUGAUGAAUCUGGCGGAAGUAUUGUGGCUAGUUCUUCUAGUCUUGAUGGCGUGGGGAAGGAGAAAAUAGUCAGUUUGAGGAGACCUUUGAGGAAGAGACGGCGACUCUCGGGGGCACAUCCUGACGAUGUCGAGGGGAGAAUCAAGAGGAGGAGCAAAAUAAAUGUGUAAACUCUGGGGACGGCCUCGAUUAUUCGGUCAUAAAAAGGAAAAUUUUAUAAACUUCAGAUGGAAUCGUAAUAUAAUUCUUAGAGGAACGCUAGGUUUUUCUGAUAAAUUUUUUCUAUUUGUAUUGUUCAGGUGACAGCGCAAUUCUAUGUGAAUGGAAUCUUUCGAUGCAGAAAAUCUCUUCACAAGAAUGUCAAUUAAGCUCUGAAAAGAUGAGUGAAAAAUGAUACGGGUCACGUUCAUAUGUUUUGAAUGCCUAUUAUGUUUUAAUGUUUCUUCCAUGUGGGACGCAGAAUGCCAUCGAUUCACUCCCGACACAUCUGCGCAAGUGCCUGCGCACGUGACACAUGCGCAUUCCGUUGUUUUCAUUUGGAGGUGAAUGCGAUAAGAACCGAAAAUUUUGAAUUUUCGAAGAGAAUCGACAGCCAUUUAAUGAACUCACACGUGAGAAAAAAUUAAUAGAAAAUCCCAGAGUUUUUUGUAAGAAUUUCGAAAUUUAUGGGUUGCAGGUCGUCUUAAGAAAUUAAUUUUGAUUUACCAAGUGUUCAAGUAAUUUCGUCUUGUUUAAAUGCUGGAUGACGUUAUUAGUGAGGAUUUGGCAAUGAUUUUAUUGUCACUGAAGCUUUACUCGAUAGUUCACUGUUAAUUAGUGAUUAAUGUUGAUUAUAUUUGAUGAUUUUUACGUACCGAGUGAUAUGUAGAUCAAUUGAUUUCUUCAUUGUUGCAUUGUUAGGUGCCUAAUACGAUAAUUGUUUUUACACUUGGUUAAAAGAUCGUUAAGAUUUAUGUUAUUCGUCGUCUUUGUUUUUGUAUAUAUUUAUAUGUGAUUAUUUGUGAAAGGUACGUUGAAAUGAAACUUGUACAAAAUAAUUUUGAA